AACAAAUCGAUAGGAUUUUCAUAUGUUGCGAGUGCCGAAUACAAUGAGCUGAGCUGAACAAUCCGGGAUCUUUGACCAGAAAAGGACCAUCUUGGCGAUGAAAGUUUUCUGAUUCGCCAUUGGGCUCGCAGCUCAGCAAAUAGGAAACGGAGCCUGUGUGCGAGAUUCCAUGUGCGGAAAAAAAAACAUCACAGUCUGAUGGCACAACAGUAGAAAAAGGACGGAUCUCCUCCGUAUCCUCAUUUCCAAAAAGUUUUGUAACCGUUGCUAGCUGAACACCACAAUGGUGACUAGUACGACGAAGAUCCUGGACACUCGGCCGACCGUCGCUGUUUGCGGUGUCGGCUACGUAGGAGUGCACCUAGUCGAAACUUUUGCAAAAGCCUUCCGUGUCGUCGCUUUUGAUAUUAGUGAAGCACGAUGCGAGACGUUGCGCCGGCAGUUCAAAGGACAAGCCAACAUCCAUGUCACCUCCGAUCCCUCUCAUAUGGCUGGGUUUGACCUGUGCUGUAUUUCUGUUCCGACCCUCCUACUGAAGGACAAGACCGGCAUUGACGCUAGCUACGUGGCCAAAGCUGUGAAGACGGUAUCAAAGUAUGCAAAGCAAGGAUCAACGAUCGUGAUGGAAAGUUCGGUCACCGUCGGCAUGACCCGCAAGUACUUGGGUCACCUCCGACAAGAGGGUGUCUUUGUCGGAUUCAGCCCUGAACGUGUUGACCCUGGGCGAACUUUCCCGGCCUGCGACGAGAUCCCCAAGGUUAUCUCGGGUAUCGACGAAGAGUCUGUGCGCAUGGUGGGCGCCUUCUACAUGGAGGUGUUCCAAACAGUUGUGCCGGUAUCCACAAUGGAGACAGCGGAAAUGUGCAAACUAUACGAAAACUGCUUCCGAAUGAUCAACAUUGCAUACGUUAACGAAAUUGCCGACGAAUGCGCGAAACAUGGCAUCGACCCGCACGAAAUGAUUGACGCGUCCGCCACCAAACCGUUUGGCUUCAUGCCUUUCCGUCCUGGACUUGGUGUGGGCGGCCAUUGCAUUCCCGUCAACCCCUGGUAUUUGUUCACCAACAAUGACCUCCCUCUGCUCCAACAAGCAACACUUGCAAGCGCUGAGCGUCCGGCACGCAAAGCUCGCGAGCUGUACGACGAGUACGAUCCCAAACGUGUUCUCGUCAUUGGCAUGGCGUUCAAACCUGGACAGUCGGUCAUUUCCUACUCUCCUCAGGAGAUGUUUGUACGAGAGUUACAAAAAUUGGGAGUGGAAGUCUUCUUUUAUGAUCCUCUUGUGGAACAAAGCCAAAUACCCUACUGCACCAAGCUUUCUUCCGCUGACUUCACAGAGUCAUUCCUAGAGGACGAAUUCGACGUUGUGGCUGUUACGAUGCCUCAGCACAAGGUUGACUUUUCGGUUCUGGACGGUCUCUAUAAAACCGAAGUCAAGUGGUAUUGCUGCCCGGUGACUCCAGCCAAGAUGGAUGAACAAGUCAGCGCCAGCGCAUGACUUUCGCUCUAGCUUGUGCUUUUUAAUUGUUGGACAUAUUGGAGAUUGUUUUAUGUUUUUUUUUUUAUGACUUUAUGUUGAUCCGUAUAUACUUAUAUUCUCAAUUCAUCAAUAAAUCAAUUGCAAAAUAUAAAUUCGUCCUCUUGGAGGAAGUCCGAU